AAAUAAAACAACAACAUUACAUUUGUUAUUGUGUAAAAAAUUUUUUUGUAUGUAAAAACAAUUUUUUUUUUUAUUUUUUUUUAUUCACUUAAUUUAAUUCAUUCACACAUACAUUUGUUAUAUAUAAUAAAAAAAAAUGAAUAAUAAAAUAUUAUUUGUUUUUUUUAUUUGUUUAAUUAAUAUUUGUUUAUCUUUAAAUUUAGAAAAUAAAGUAAUUAUUGCUCAUACAAAAAUUCCAUUGUUUUGGAAAAAUGAAAGGGAUGUUUCAAGUUCAAAUGAUUUAAUAUCAUUUAAAUUUCUAUUAAAACAAAAUAAUUUAGAUAAAUUGAAAUAUUAUUUCACCGAAGUUAGUAAUCCAAAAUCUGAAUUAUAUGGCCAAUUUUUAUCAAGAGAAGAAAUAAAUGAAAUCACUAGAUCUGAUGAAGUUCACUUUAGUAAUGUGUUGGAAUUAUUGGAGCAUCAUGGGAUUGGAGGUGAUGAAAUUCUAGUAUUCAGUGACUAUAUCACCGUUACAACAUCUUUAAAGAAAGCUGCCUCAAUUUUUAGUACAAAGUUCUCUCAAUAUAGAAAUUUAAAGAAUGGUGUUGUUAGAAAUAGAAUUAGUGGCCCUGCUUAUUUACCAAAGGAAAUUGCCAAUUCUAUAGAUUUUGUUACUGGUAUCUCUGAAUUGAUUGAUAGUAAAGUUAAGACACCACAUCACGAUCGUAAAGAUUAUGAUGCCAGUGUAGGUGAUGAUAUCCUUAUCACUCCAAAUGUAUUAAAGCAUUACUAUAAUGUCCCAACUAGUGUUAUAGGUCACGAUCCAAAUAAUCUCCAAGGUAUUGCUGCUUUUACUGAUUAUUUUUCUGUUGGUGCUUUGGCUGAAUUUGUAAAAGAAUAUGAAUUACCAACCCCAAAUGUCACAAGAAAUGGUACUGAUUGUUUGGGUAAUGGCUGUGAUCAAUAUGAAAGUGAUUUAGAUGUUCAAUAUAUGACUGCUAUGGGUAUCGGAAUCCCAACAGUUUUUAUGGCUCAUGGUGACGGAAAAUGGAUUUUAGAUUUUACUCAAGAUUUAAUGGGAAUUAGCAACCCACCACUUGUAAAUUCUAUUAGUUAUGGUUGGGCCGAAUUGUCACAAUGUGAUAUUACCGAUGGCUGUGGCCAAUAUGGUUAUAAUUCUCAGCAGUAUGUUGAUAGAACAGAUACUGAGUUCCAAAAACUUGGAACUAGUGGUAUUUCGGUAUUAGUUUCUGAUGGUGACGAUGGUGCACCAUCUUUAGGUGGUGCUAGUGGAAACUGUCCUAUUGAUACAGGUACAUAUUGCCCAACUGGAGGAUGUCAACAUACCAAAUCAUAUUGCAGCGAACUAACAUUCCAAAGUACAAAGGACGGCUCCUUUUGUUUCUUCCCAAUGGGUAUUGGUGCAGAUGCUUGUAGUAACUUUUUAAAUGACCCAUCAUUACAAGAUGCUAUGAAUGCAUUCGCUCAAAAGAACUCAAAAUGUAACUUGGCCUUUGAAAAUGAUAGAACUAAUCUUCCACAUGUUUAUUCAGAAUGUACAUGUACCCAAUUACAAAAUGUAACCACCGAAGGAUAUACCAUUGCACCAUAUCAAUUCUAUCAAGAAAAUGGUGCCAUAUUUACUGGAGAAUAUCCAACCUCGAGUCCAUUUGUAACCUCAGUUGGUGCCACCCAAUUCCUUUCUAGAAACCAAAAUAUUUCCCAAGAAAUUGUUUGUUCAAUUCUUGAGGGUGCUAAAAUCACCACUGGUGGAGGUUUUUCUGCAUUCCAAAAACAAGAAGACUACCAAAAUGAAGCAGUAAAAGGUUAUUUAUCCAAUAACCAAGGUUCAUUACCCCCAUCAUUUUCUUAUGACCCUUCAAUGAGAGCAUAUCCAGAUAUUUCAUUUGUUGGACAUAAUUAUAAUAUUUAUGCUAGUACAAAUAAUGGAGAUUUAGAUAAAUGUCCAUGUAGCAACUUACCAGUAGACGGAACAAGUUGUUCAUCACCAGCUUUAGCAGGUUUAAUAUCUUUAAUUAAUGAUAAACUUUUAGCAAAUGGUAAAUCACCAUUAGGAUUUUUAAAUCCACUUCUUUAUCAAAUGGCUCAAGAGUAUCCACAAGCAUUUAAUGAUAUUACAGCUGGUAGUAAUAGAUGUAAUAGAAGCUAUUGUUGCAAAAUGGGUUGGAGCGCAGCUGAAGGUUGGGACCCAGUAUCAGGUCUUGGCAGUAUUGAUUUCCAGAGCUUUGAAAGCUAUGUUCUUAAAAUGAAAGGAGUUACUCAAUAGUUUUUAUUAAAAUAUUUUAAAUAAAGUUAAUUUUUUAUUAAAUAAUUUUUAAUUU